AUGCAAACGCGUUAUCUCACUCUCACUACCAGCUAUUCCCAGUCUCAGCUGCAAAAUCCCCAUCUUUGCUUCUCAAUCUCAGUCCUCUUCUUCUCUUCCUCUCCACAACCCAGAAGACCAGAACCGAAAUCCGCCAUUACAGUCUCCGAAUACUUGAUCAAUGAGCCUCAGUUUUCCCCUGAAGCCGCUUCAAAAGCGUCCUCAACCGUUUCUCAUCUGAAGAAUCCCCAACGUUUCGAUUUGGCUCUUUCAUUCCUCAGAGAAAGCGACCUUGACAAAUCCAUCAGACCAAAGUUCAAGAUUUUCCAUGACUUGGGCUUCUCUCCUUCCGACAUUGCCGAUAUUAUAUCAUCUGACCCGUGGAUUCUAUGGUAUAGUUUGGACAAUCGUCUCGGGCAGUCAAUUUCGGUGCUGAAUAGCGUUCUGGGUUCAGAUUCGGCCGUUUGUAAGGCCUUAAAGUCAUCUGGGUGGUUUUUAAAGGUGGAUUUGGAGAAGAUCAUGAUGCCAAAUAUCGAGUUUCAUUAG